CAGAAACAAGAAGGAAUAUGAUAUUGGAAUGAUAUUCUUGGGCCAGCCAGUAUGAUGACUAGUAAAGAAUUGAGAACUUUUAUUCGCAAGUCACAAGUUCGUCAACAAUAUCGGUAAGCAUAGACGAGCAUGCGAGAAGGAUGUUUGCCUUACUGAAAGACUCAAGUGAGUUUCUUCGCCUGGUGAAACUUGCUCCUUCCUCGUUUCAACUGGAGUUGAAACUUGCAAUAAAGUCCGAGUUUCGAAAACAUUCGUCUGAAACACGGGAAAGUCAUAUUGCUUUCUUGUUGGCGGAAGGUCGAAGGCGACUAGUUGAUCUGGAAAAGUAUUUAAAGAUGACUUUGUAGUUUCUAUAUGGCUAUGUUUUCUUGUCUAACUGGAAUCAUCGUUUGUCUCUUUUGAAAUAUGCGUGCUAGUCCAACAAAGUGUUUUCUAGUUGCUGAUUGGUCUCUUUUUGCAAAGGUUUCUUUAAUAUUGUGGAAGAGUAGUGCAAGUUGAAGAUGAUUGGCAGUGCAACAUAGGAAUAAAGGAGCUUGACUGGAUGUUAAGACAUUCUUUGAUACUCUAAGGUAUUUUGUAUUGAAGCAAGUUUACGUUUCUCUGUAAAGCUAAGAAAUGGAUAUAAAGAAAAGAGUCUUCUUAAAAGAAAAAUGGUUCAUCUUUUGUCUUUCCAAAUAAAAUGUGGUUGUAAGAA